UUAGGUUAGGUAUACAAUUGUAUAUGAAUUAUUUAUAAUUUUUAAUAAUAGUUUGAUCUCAUGAACAAAUAAAAAUACGAACAGGACUUGGAAUAGGGUAAAGUUGAUCUACCUACGUUACGUAUUUCGGAACUACCCCUACAAGCUAAUUGAGCGCUGUUUAAAAAAAUUAACCAUAAAUUAAGUUACCUUGUCAUAUUUUAACUAAACCAAAAAAAAGGAUCAUGAUCUUAGUUUACGCUAUAUUUUAUUUGAUGAUAAAAAACACUACCGCUACAAUUGAUAUAAACUCCGCAGAACUUCAAUAUUUAGCCGAUCACUUAACGACCGAAGAAUGCAGAAGAUUGGUAGCUGCCGCACAUUUUCAAGCAUAUGAGCAGCCGAAUGCUUUGGAUCAAGCAGAACGUAAAGUUCCAAAAGACACCACGUGCAUCGAGCACCUGCACCAUUGGAAUUCCCAGGAGGGAGAAGGAAAGGGGCAAACGCAUGAAGCCUUGGGUCAUAGAUUGAGGCAACUGGGUCGAGUAGAUCUAGCCGAUUGGUUAGGUAAAACUGUUUUUCACCAGUUGGGUGUGGAUUUAAAGAAAAGUAUUGAAGAAGAUAUGACAGAACUAACACUGUAUAAUGAAAGUUUUGCUCCCGUUACGUUGGAGCCUCUUACCCCAGAAAUUGAAAAUCCUACAAGCUUCAGUGCUAUGGAUUACGUUUUAUAUUCACUUGGAAUAGGACUUGGCUUAACUAUUUUAGCGUUAUGUGGCAAAAUGGCUUGGAGUAGUUGUCGGGAAAAGAUCAGAAGAAGGUUACCCUUUAGUCAUUUUUUUAAUAUUGCAGGGAAAAAAUCACACCCUUGUCUCGUUCAGUUGGACGUAUUCAAAUUAAUGAAGGGAAUAAAUAUCGCGUUUGGUUUUCCUAUUAAGACUAAAGACGUAAUUUCAAAUGUCAAAGGGCUGUGUAAUUAGAUCCGAAUGUACACGACCAUGCCGAACGACAGAAUUUUCCAAGUCGUAGUGAGAUUUACUAGAAGAGGCAGCUUAUACGAGGAAACAAAAGAAAUUUAAACGACUAAUCUAAUAUACUUUCUGUCUUAAUGUGCCAUACGCUAGAUAUAUAAAGCUGUACUUCUUGGCACCAACAAAGCGUUGAAUAUUCGUGUUUUUAAUUUUUUUUUAUCUUAUAACUGCAAUCUCAGUCUGCUCAAAGUUGACUGAAACUCAACAAGAAUUAUUUUCGGAAAGAAUGGAUGAAUUCAAAUCUACAGAAGACCAUUAAGAAAAAAUUGAACUACAUAUAUACGGAGCUACUUAAGGAACCAAAAAGCAUGAUUUCAAAAAAUAUAAUCAAUGCAACAAUCAGCUAAGAACACAAGUCAAAAAUAACAAAUUUUUGUCAAAACCAAAUAACUUCCUCAAUACUCAAUCAUAUUUCCAUAUCAGAGCUUGAUAAAACUAUUCAGCUACUAAGAAUCUCCUGGAUAGGAUUAACAGAAGGUGCCAAUGUUGUUGAGCAAAGAAAUAUCCCCCAUCAUUAUCUCAAUAAGUGAUUUGAAACCUGUUUCCAGAUUGCCUUAAAGUUGGUGUUACUAAAGGAAUAUAUAACGCCGCCAAACAGUGUCAAUUUUGUCCUAAAAUAAACUGCAUUUUGCCAACAAACAUGGAAAAAUUCCUUUAUACAUGUGCCAAAGUAUCCACACAAAAAUACUUCCAUAUCAAUAGGUAAUAUUCACCAAAGAUAACAUUUAAACCUAACAGGAAAUCUGAAAAUCUAAAGAAGACUGCAUAUUUGUAAAGGACAGAGACCUCAAAUUUGAUAAUUUUAAAGAUCCACAUAUAUUACUGACACAAGCACCAGUUGUGCUUCAGUAAUUUUUAAUUGUAUUUUCUCUAUAUAAUUACACAUUUUGUACCUUACUAUUACAUAAUUCUAGAAGGAAAAACUUAUUUAUUCCUUUCAUUAAUUUAUACAGCAAUUUUAGAUUUUCU